AUGGGGAGUUUUAAAAGAAGUCCUACCUUAUCGACGGAUCAUCCAUCGUUAACAAAUAAUGCUAGUAAUAAAAAAAUGUUUAAAUGUGAAGGUUAUAAAGAUUGCAAUAUGGCUUUCACAAGAGCAGAACAUUUAGCUAGACAUAUUAGAAAACAUACAGGUGAAAAACCUUUUCAAUGCUAUAUUUGUUUAAAAUAUUUUAGUAGAGUUGAUAAUUUAAAACAGCAUAGAGAUUCUGUUCAUGCAAAAUUAAAUUAUCCACCAUCAUAUUUUAAUGAAAUACAAAUCCCUCCAUCAUCAAUACAACAACAACCUAAUAACAAUAGCAACAAUAAUAUACAUUUUGAAAAGAGAAUAAUUGGUUUACCAAAUAAUGGUAACUAUACGAUAGAUGAACCACCAAUUCAACAACAACAACAACAACAACAACGACAUCGUCCUGAUAUACGAAUGAUUGGACAUCCACAAUAUAUGUAUAGUAGUAACACAACAACAACAAAUGCCACUACUACUAAUAAUAAUACAUAUAACCAAGCUGGUUAUAUUUCUUAUCUUCAACAAGCUAGAUCCAACACACAAUCACAACAACAACCUUUGCAUUAUACAUCAUCCACAUCACCAUCAACAUUUAAUCAUAUUCGUGGACAAGAACCUAUAUAUUCUACAUCAUCACAACCAUUAACCUCAUCUGCACAAGCUUAUAAUAUUAAUAUUCAAAAUCCUAGAAAUCAUCCAGCAAUAAUUACAACUCAACAACAACAAGAACAAAAUAUAAUGAUACCGUCGAUGCAUCACCAACCACAGCAUAAUUCUAUUGAGAAUGUACCAUUAAGUCCUAUGAGUAAACCAUGGAAUACAACUAAUAUUAUGGCAUUUCCUGUUACUCAACAAAUGCAUUUGGAAUCUCAACGGUCGGUACCACAACAAAUGCAACCACAGCAAAUGAUGCAACAACCUAUGACUAAUAUUGGUAUACCUUCUGUUCAUCAAUAUUAUGAUACAAGUCAUACAGGUACAUUGUUACCAAGUCAUUAUUCUCCUACUAGGACCACAAUGAUUGAACCUGUGAUUCCUUUAACUCAAAAUCAAAAUGAGAAUCAAAAUUCCAUGAAUACAGGGUCAAAAAAUUCCAAGAGAGUUGGUCGUAAACGUAAACUAACUAGUAGUAAAGGAUCACCGUCUGCUAUGAGCAAUAAUAAUAGUACAAACCCUGAUUCGCAAGAUGUCAAUACUCAUGAUAAGUUACAAUCAAAGAAAAGUUCAGUCGAUAACAGUGGCAGUAACAACGGCAAUAAUAAUGAUAAAGAAUCAAUCGGUCCUCCUGUUACCACUAAUGAUAAGAAUACUACUACUAUUACUACCACUUCACAGAUUAAAACUGAACCAGAUAGUAAUGAAGAGUUCCAGACUGGUAAUAAGACUGUUAAAGAUCGUCUAAGUGUUAAUUACAUCAUAUUGUAA